AAGGAUACGUGGUGUGUCCAUCAGAGAAGCGACUACUCGUUCUUUUCACAUUCUUGAAGAAAAACCGCAAGAAGAAGGUGAUGGUCUUCUUCAGCUCGUGUAUGUCUGUGAAGUUUCAUCACGAGUUGUUCAAUUAUAUUGACUUACCAGUGAUGUGCAUUCAUGGUAAACAAAAGCAGACAAAACGAACCACGACUUUCUUCCAAUUCUGCAACGCAGAAGCCGGUAUAUUACUCUGUACAGAUGUUGCUGCGAGAGGUUUAGAUAUCCCCGCAGUUGACUGGAUCGUCCAGUUUGACCCCCCAGAUGAUCCCAAAGAAUACAUCCAUCGUGUGGGUCGUACAGCGCGUGGUGAAGGCUCUCGUGGUCAUGCGCUGCUUAUCCUGCGACCUGAGGAACUAGGUUUCUUACGUUAUUUAAAACAAGCGAAAGUCCCUCUUAAUGAGUUUGAAUUCUCAUGGAGUAAAAUAGCCGAUAUUCAGCUGCAGUUAGAAGAGUUGAUUGGAAAGAAUUAUUUCUUGAAUGUAUCCGGAAAAGAGGCGUUUAAAGCUUAUGUACGCGCGUAUGAUUCACAUCAUUUGAAGACGAUAUUUGAUAUUACUACAUUGGAUUAAAAGGUGGCUGGAUCGUUUGGUUUUAGAGUACCACCAGCUGUGGAUCUUAAAGUUUCUGCGCCUAAACACGACCGUCCGCAAAAAAGAAAUGGCGGAGGCGGUUUCGGGUAUUACAAUCGCAUGAAUCAACCGGGAGAUGGACAACAGCGACAGAAAACAAAUACAUACAGACAAGUUGGUAACAGCCGUGGUAGAGGUGGUGGAGGACGGCAGGGUGGACGAGAUGGACGACAAUUUAGUAGAUAAAUGUAUCUAAAACUUAAAAUAAAAAUAAACAGUUAUUUGGCAA